AUUGGCGGAUCGAGAGAGAUGAACACCCUCAAAGCCAUUCAAUACGGCUUCCCUCUUACGAAGCCGACGCAUAUUCAACGAGACAAAGCCAACAGUAGGCGCCGAUCAACCAUCUGCUUCUCUACUUCUGAUGGCUCCGAGUCCAGCACUUCCUUCCCGGAUGGAGACAAGAGAAAGCAAGAGUUGCUUGCACAGAUUGCGAUGCUCCAGGCACAGAAAGUUCGCCUCACAGACUUUCUUGAUAAGCGCUCAUCUAAUCUGACACAGUUUGCAGAAGUUGCUGAUGCUGAGUUUGAUGCCAUCGGAGAGAACGCGCUCAAAGAGCUUGAUGAUGCCGGCACCAGGAUAAUGGAGAAAUUGGAAAGUCGGAUGCAGGCUUUUGAAGAAACUGCAGAGUUAAAUAGACAGGAGAUGGAGAGUAAUGAGAAAGUUUUGGAGGAGUUUCAGGAACAGAUUGUUCGGGACAAAAAUGAAGGCCUCUUCUUUAAAAACUUGGGGCAGAAAACAUCUCGCAAGGAAGCUGAGGCAAUGGAGGACGCACAGAAGCUUAGGCAGCAAGCAAAGGAGACAGCAAGCACAAGAACAAGGAGAAAUGUUUACCUUGCAUUAAUGUUAUUGCUGAUUCUAGCAGUUGGUAAUGCUGUUUUUGCUGGCCCAGAGGUCGACUGGCGGAAAGUUGGAGCAUUGCUGUUGAUACUGUUUGGUUUGCUUGCCCAGUUCAUCUAUGAGCAGAGUUUGUCAACUGAAACAGAUGAAACAAAGAAGGAAAAAUGAAAUAGUAUAAGAUACAGAAUCAAAAUAUGGAUGUGUGCGUCUGUGUGUGCUGUGCAUAGAAUAAUACUGCUAGCUGUAUUUUUACUCGUAUUGGCUACACUUGAAGAUUUAAAUAUAAAUGCAGCAUGGUAAAACCGUGUGUCCGUGCAUUCUCAGUCCUUGAUG